AUAGAACACAAAUUUGUGGCGUUUGCUGAUGGCUCAGCGGAGGAUGACCUCGUAGAUGUGGAGGCCGAAGAUGGCGCCGUGACCGGUGAGGACGUUGAAGCAGAUGAAGACCCUGAUUCUACAUCGACCACUUCUCCUUAUGCCGACACGUUUUUGCUUUUCACGAAGCCCUUGUAUACGGCUGGACAACAAUUAGAUUUACCAGGUGGCAAACCCGUUGAAUUCCUUAUUGGUUUCACAAAUAAAGGCAAAAAUGAUUUUGUCAUCGAAACCGUGGAAGCUUCUUUCCGCUAUCCCAUGGACUUCAACUAUCACAUACAGAACUUCUCAGCUGUCGCAUACAAUCGUGAAGUAAAACCUGGUUCGGAGGCUACGGUUGCAUACUCUUUCCUGCCAUCCGACACAUUCGCUGGCCGCCCAUUUGGCUUAAAUAUUGCUUUGAAUUAUCGUGAUUCCCUUGGAGGCCAAUUCAGCGAAGCAGUUUUCAAUGAAACAGUGUUGAUUUCCGAAAUAGAUGAAGGAUUGGAUGGUGAAACGUUCUUCUUGUACGUGCUAUUGGCUGGUAUUGUUGUACUGUUGCUGGUCAUCGGUCAGCAAUACCUCCUAGGCUCUUCGGGCAAGAGGAAGCGUGCUGCCGCUAAAAAGACAAUCGAAACAGGCACUUCUAACGACAGCAACAUCGAAUAUGAGUGGCUGCCACAAGAAACAUUGCGUGUGCUGCAGCAAUCGCCACCUAAAUCCAAGGCACUAAAAACUUCUCCAAAGCCAGGCAAACAGAGCAGCCCAAAGCAGGGUCAGAGCCCUAAGCAGCGAAAAGUGAAACGUACCGCUGGUGAUGAUUAGACUUAACUAGACUGUAACUUAAAGCAGUUACACCAACAAAAGAAUCACCUCAAAUUAAAA